AUAAGUUGAUAGAAUACCCAAUUGAUAAUUACUGAAUGUACAUACUGAAUACAACUAAAAAUGUCGGAAGAAACAAUUAUGUCUAUGAAUGAUCAGACAAUUAAGAUUGAACCGCCAGAAUAUUCAAUAGAAGACAUUAAGUGCGAAAUUGAUGAUGAAUUUAAUUAUAUAGAUGGUAUUGUUAAGUCUGAAUCGUAUUUUGAGGAUGAUAAAACGUCUCUGGAUAAAUUUAUGAAUUCUGAGGUGACCAUAGAGGAAGAAGUCAAACAGGAGGUAAUUGUGACACCAGUUUAUAAUUGUGACAUUUGUAAUAGAACAUUUUUAGAAUCGCUUCACUUAGAACAGCAUAUGAUCGAACACAUGCGCAGUCAUAGCAAAGAGUACCCUGAUGCAAGUAAAAUUUGCAAUAAGACCCUCAAUCUAUUAAAAGGGUUUAAAUGUGAAAUAUGUUGUCGAGUUUAUAGCAGGUCAUAUUAUUUAAAGCAACACUUGCUUAUUCAUGCCAGUGGGAAACCUUUCAAAUGUGAAAUAUGCAGUAAAUCAUUCACUCAAUCAUAUAGUCUGAAACGUCACAAGCAGAUUCAUAGUGGGAAACGCCCCCACAAAUGCAAAAUAUGCAAUAAAACAUUUGCACAAUUGUUUAAUCUGAAAACACACAUAAACAUUCAUUCUGGAGUGCGUCUUUAUAAAUGCGAAACAUGUGAUAAAGAAUUCCAUUCGACAAGUGGUUUAGCAACACAUAGACGAAUACAUACUGGAGAACGACCCUACAAAUGCAAACUAUGCAAUAAGUCAUUUAGACAAUCAGUAACUCUGAAAAGACACAUGCUCAUACAUUCCGGAGUUCGUUGUCAUAAAUGUGAAAUAUGCAGUAAAUCAUUUACGUUCCUAUAUUCUCUAAAAUCACACUGUCUUAUUCAUACUGGAGAACGUCCACACAAAUGCGAAAUAUGCAAUAAGACAUUCACACAGUUAGGUACUCUGAAAGCUCACAUGGGCAUUCAUUAUGAAAGACUUUUUUAUAAAUGUGAAAUAUGCAAUAAGAAAUAUACUCGAGCGCACAAUUUGAGAAAGCACAUGGCUGUUCAUAAUGAAAAACCAGAUGAAAAUACAAUUAAAACUGAGCCACCAGAAUAUUCAAUAGAAGACAUUAAACGUGAAACUGAUGAUGAAUUUAAUUAUGUCGAUGGUAUUGUUAAGUCUGAAUCCUGUUUUGAGGAUGAUAAAACGUCUCUGGAAAGAUUUAUGAAUUCCGAGGUGAUGAUAGAGGAAGAAGUCAAACAGGAGGUAAUUGUGACACCAGUUUAUAAUUGUGACAUUUGUAAUAGAACUUUUUCAGAAUCGCUUCACUUAGAACAGCAUAUGAUCGAACACAUGGAACAAUUAAAAGGGUUUAAAUGUGAAAUAUGUUCUAGAGUUUAUAGCAGUGGGGAACGCCCGCACGAAUGCGAAAUAUGCAAUAGAACAUUCACUCAAUCGUUUAAUCUGAAACGUCACAUGCAGAUUCAUAGUGGUGAACGCCCCUAUAAUUGCAUAAAAUGCAAUAAAACAUUUGCCCAGUGGUUUAAUCUGAAAGCACACAUGCACAUUCAUUCUGAAGAGCGUCAUUAUAAAUGCGAAAUAUGUGAUAAAGCAUUCCAUUCAUCACGUGCUUUAACAAAACAUAGACAAAUACAUACUGGAGACCGCCUCUACAAAUGCGAAAAGUGCAAUAAGACAUUUACACAAUUAGGAAAUCUGAAAACUCACAUGCGCAUUCAUUCUGAAGAGCGUCCUUACGAAUGUGAAAUAUGCAGUAAAGCAUUCCGUACAUCAAGUGAUUUAAAAAUACAUAGUCGUAUACAUACUGGAGAAUGCCCCUACCAAUGCAAAAUAUGUUAUAAGACAUUCCGACAAUCAUGUAAUCUAAAAAAACACAUGCAAAUUCAUUCUAGUGAGCAUCCUUAUGAAUGUGAGAUAUGCAAUAUGAAAUAUACUCAGGCGCACAAUUUGAGAAAGCACAUGGCUGUUCAUAAUGAAAAACCAGAUGAAAAUCAAUAAAAUAUUAAUUAGCUGAA